AUGUCAGACUUGGCCAACGCAUUGCAGGCUUUGGAACUCCUUGAAUCAACAGCACAGGGCAAAGCCAGCUUGUCUGUCAUUCAGGGAGGAACAUUUACCAUCGACUUAAGCCUUUUUGUCGACGGCGUAUCCAGGGAUAAGAGAAGUACGGUGCCGUGUCUUUGUUUCAUCAUCACCUACCAAGCCCCAAACGGCAAGAAGAAGCGCAUUCUGUAUGAUUUGGGCAUCCGUCGCGACAUUAGUUCAUACCCACCGAGAAUCCAGGAACAACUACCUCUUCACUACCCUUUGGAAGCUCUUCCGGACGUGAAGCAAAGACUGCUCGAGGGCGGCUUGUCCCCGAAAGACAUUGAUCAGGUCAUCCUCAGCCACAUGCACUGGGACCACACUGGUACGCCUUCUGAUUUCCCGGAUGCCACAUUCUCGGUGGGCUAUGGAUCGCUGGCUUUGCUGGACGGGCCUCCAGAUACCAGGAAUGCACACAAUAAUUUCUCAAAGGACCUUUUUAAAGGUCUCGAGAUAAAAGAAUUCCCAGAUCCCAGAGGCUGGAGGAUCUUUGGGGGACUUAAAGCUUGGGAUGUUACAAAUCAAGGCUUUAUAUACGUCGUGGAUUCUCCCGGACACUUGAUUGGACAUAUUUCACUGCUGGUACGGCUGGGAGAGAAGAAAUGGGUGCUCUUAAUUGGAGACUCUUGCCACGAUCGGCGGCUUCUGUCUGGCGAGCAGGCGAUAGCGCAAUGGGAGGAUGGCGAUGGCUUUUUAUGCUGCGUUCAUGGAGAUAGGGGUGCAGCUGCACAGACUUUAAAGGCCUUUAGAAUUUGGGCAAAUGCAGCGACGGAAUGUGGGAUUGACUUUGACAUUGCCUUUGCUCAUGACAUAAAGUGGGCACAACAACAUCAAGAGGCAUUCCUCUAA